CCCAGCAAACAUCACGGAGGAGGUGAGCCCUAUGUAUGCGUCUGGGACAGAGUAAUGCGCCUGCACACGGGGCAGAACGAUGGCUAUCGCCUGCAGCCACAUCUUCCGAGCGCUAUGAGCGGAAUCGAGACGGAAUGCAGGGUUCAUCGUCAAGUUCGCGCAGUUACCGCACUAUGGAACAGGAGGCGCACCGAACCCGCAGAGGAAUAACAAUGCCCAUUGGUAACGCCCCAUUCCGAUUCGGUCGAUGGUUUUAUCGAGUUGAGAGCGAGGGUCAU